GCAUGUCCCCUGCUCUCCUCCUCAUGUUGCUCUGUUCCGCACCUUUAAUACCUGCUGGCAUGCCUUCCCGACCCUUCGGUGCCGCUUUAUUCGCUCGAACCAAGGUGGCUUGCUUUUUGCAUGAUAUGCCAUCCUAGAACGCGUGACCUCGGCGCUCAUAGAUCUGCAUCUUCUCAACGCACGAUUGCUUGCACCAAGGGCAAAAAAGGACCAAGUUCGAUCCUUCUUCACGCGGGUCUGGCAAGGAGCGAUUCGAAAUGGUGCACGCCCGGCGUUCCUGCACAAAGCGAUACGCUUUCAGCUCCAAGGCAGCCGCAGCAGCGAUAGCGCUGCUCUUCGCUAGCGCAGCGACGCACACCGUCCAAGCUGCUUUCACGCAUGGCCGGACUUUUGCAACUGGAGGCAAGACGCACCAUUUCCCCCGCGCGCAUGGCAGCGGCAUUACAAGGAAUGGGAAUGACCUGGCGGGUCAGACGUUCGACUAUGUCAUCGCCGGUGGCGGCCUGGCCGGCCUGGUCUUAGCUAGCAGACUCAGCGAAGACGCAGAUGUCACGGUCGCAGUCAUCGAGGCGGGCGUUAGUGGCGUUGGCGAUGAUUCAUUGACGAUCCCCAUUGCAAAUCUAUACGACUCCUCUGUAGGAACCAGCAAAGACUGGCAAUACCCGACCACACCUCAAAACAACCUCGACGGCAAGCCCAAAACAUGGCCGCGCGGCAAGGUGCUCGGUGGUUCGUCGGCGAUCAACGGGCUCUACAUGGUGCGCCAGUCGUCGCUCGAGCAGGACCUCUGGGCGAGCCUCGCAGGAAACUCGACCUCCACUCUGGGGCCUAAUGCUGACGUAACUGGCAAUGCGGCCGCCAAGUGGGGGUGGGACAACAUGCUGGCCAACAUGAAGCGCAGUGAGACCUUCACUGCGCCCAUCUCCUCUGUGAAGGCUACCCUCGGCUCCUCGGUCGCUUGGGCAGACUCUUCGCACGGCAUGAGCGGCUCGAUCCACCACAGCUGGCCGGGCAAAGAGUACGCCUCCGUCGGCGCGUUCAUUCAGUCGGUAACGAGAGUGACGGGCAUCCAGAUGAAUGCAGAUCCGUACAAUGGUAUGAACCUCGGGCCCUUUGUCGCAACGAGCGCAAUCAACCCGGCCAACUGGACGCGCAGCUUCAGCAGAACAGGCUACCUCGACCCAGUCCUGGGCAGGUCAAAUCUGUACGUUUUGACAGGUCAUCUAGUGACCAAGGUGCUCUUCGACAACAGCAGCGCGUCAGCCGUCCGCGCUACAGGCGUGCAGUACGCUGCCUCCCCUGGCGCAAAGGUGCAAACCGUCAAAGCGAACCGUGAAGUAAUUCUCUCGGCCGGCGCGGUCGGCUCUCCUACGAUCCUGCAGUUGUCGGGUGUAGCCGACCCUGCGUUGCUCUCGUCGCUUGGUAUCGACCAGGUCGUCAACCUACCCGGCGUCGGGUACCACCUGCAGGACCAUCUCAGCGGGGGCGUGACGUUCGGCAUCCGCGGCAGCACCGACAAACCCGGAACGAACAUCAGCGGUAACGCAGUGAUGGACAGCUACGUGAACAGCGCCAUCGCCUAUGUCAACCUCGAAAGCCUCUUCGGCGGGUCGGCGGGUGCGAACGCUGUGCGCGCGCAGAUCGCGAACGGCGUCGAUGAUGCCGUCAAUAGCUACAAUGCGCCGGACGCCGUCAAGGCUGGGUACCGCGCGACGUACAACGCGCAAGCGGGCCAUGUCUUUAAGGAAGGCAGCAAGACGGGCCCGAUCGAGCUGCUCUUCGCCAAUACAUUUGGAAACAUCCAAGUGCAGACCGCACUGCAGCAUCCCCUCUCGCGCGGAAGCGUCAAGAUCACCACAACCGACCCCUUCACGUACCCUUCCAUCGACGCUGGCUACCUGACCAACUCCAUGGACCUGCAGAUCAUUAGACAGGGCUUCAAGCUGGCGCGGCAAGUCGGUGGCCAGAGCCCUCUGUCCGACUUGCUGAGUGGCGAGAUGAGCCCGGGCCCCGGUACGACCAGCGACAGCGACUGGGAGACGUGGCUCAAGGCGAACACGCAGACUGAGUACCACCCUACCGCUUCGUGCUCCAUGCUGCCGCGUGAGAUGGGUGGCGUAGUGGAUGAGAACAUGCUCGUGUACGGCACAAGCAACCUGCGCAUCAUCGACGCGUCCGUGCCGCCGCUCAGCAUGGCUAUGCACCUCAUGACCGCCACUUACGGCCUCGCUGAGAUCGGUGCGGAUAUGAUCAAAGCGACGCGCAACAACAUUACAUAUCCUGGUGGGCAUCCGCUCAACUCGCAAUCCUCUUCUUCCAAGUCCGGAUCAGGCUCCGGCUCUGCUUUGGGUGCCCAUGGGUCCUCGGGAGGCUCAUCAAGCGGAGCUGCGCGAAGCGGCCGCCACACCUCACCCGCAUCCUUCGCCGUCGCAUGCAGCGUCGUGCCUCUCCUGCUUGCAUCGCUGUACACCUUGGCAUGAGCCCCUCGGUUCGUUCCUGCAAUUGCCAGCAUGACACCGCAAACACACCAUCUCAUUACAUCAAUCGGCCUCGGACAAGGCAUACACUAUCUCUAAUCGAAUACAUUUCCACAACUUUCCCUUAGCAA